CUGGUCACUGGUGGGAGCAGGAAAGAUCCCAGCUGCCAAAAACUAUGGGGAGUAGGCUUCUGACUGGUCAUUACCCUGACUGCUGUGCUGCGUGCGUGGGCCGUCAUGCGCUUUUUGCGGAUUAGAGAGCUGGUAUUUUUUUAGCUGCGGCUCGUUCCGAUGGCGGAAGGCCAGCGCUGGAACAGAUUUAGCAUCCCUGUUUGCUCAUACCACGGUCACUCUGACGCUUUGACUGCUUAUCUGCUUGUUCCAAGUUUAGUUCACUAUACUUGCGACCAUUCUUUUACGAGAUACAUUCUAUCAUGGGACUGCUGGCGCCUCGUUUCUCCUUCUGGCUGUUGCUCGUCGUUUACGCGUCCAUAGGAGAGGGGCUGCGCGUUCUGGACGAUGCCGCUGUUAAGUUAACUGGUCCUCAGACUCGGACAAAGCCACUUAACGCAGGAGAGUCUGCAGCACGAACAAGGCCGGCCCGGUCAAAAAAUGCAUUCGGAACUUACCAGGGUCAUGUGGGGGCCAGGCUGCAAGGCGUUGACGGUGUCAGAGGUGUGAUCCGCGUGGUCGUUUUCCGCAACACCACCAGCGUGAACAUCCGCUACUUGCUCCGCCUGGUCGGAUUGAACGUCAAGGGCCUUCCAACUGCUGCUGGCAUUGUCUCUGCAAAAUCCAAUGCCCUGGUGGUUAAUUUCCCGUCCAAGUCUUGGUCCAAUGUGACCAACAGUCCUCCGUUCGACCUUGGCUGGAUCAAGCAAGGGAAUACCGAGAGGAAGGGCCUGCUGUAUAAAUACACUUCAUCUGGAUGGUGCUAUAAUGCAGGGAGCGUUGCUGCAGAGGGAGGGGUGACUGUUGCUGCUGCUGUGAGGGGACUGAUGGCAUCUCCAUGGUCUUACUAUGGAACGAUUGUGGCUCCUGGAGGAAGGGCGAAUGGAGUAUUCACGGUGCAACCACUGGCGGAUAAAGUGUCUCAUGGCGGCUCAUCUUCUUGAACAGUCUACAUACAUUGUAUCUGGUGCACCAACUAGGUGCUGUAGUAGGUACACCCCAGCUUGAGGUUUCACUUCACUGGCCCUGAAUUCAGCAGGCUGCUUAGCUCUCAGCAUGGA